UUAAGGUCAAGCAGUAUAAGUACGUGCGAACGACUAUGGUUGGCGGUGUGUUUCUCGUUCUUGUGGUAUUCUGUGUAAUACAAUAUAUAUGUGGAUAUGGGGUACCUGUUGAUCCCUCUCAGAUCAAUAAAACUACCUCCACGACCAGAACCUCCAAAAUAAUACCGGAAGCUAUAACGGACUACGUCACUUCAUUGCUGUCUGAUAUCAACGCUCGUGUAGAAGAACUGGAACUCUCACGUGAGAAAAACGUCAAACAAAUGGCAAUAAUGCAAAACGAAAUUGAAGAAAUUAAAAGUGAAAAUAUUAAUUUGAAAGAAAACAUGAAUAUAAUUAAUGAUUUUUUAAGAAGGAAAGGUUUCAAUAUAAAUGACAUUUUGUCGAGAAAACUACAAAAAUCAUCGCAUUCUGAUGCGGUUCAUAUACAUUUGAACGAAUCCUUACACUCGAAUCCACAUGACAACACAAAUGGACACUCGUUGCCAAAAAGGAUAACUAACGAACGAGUUCGGAGAGGGAGAACCUUCCAACGCCUACCUUCAACACGUGCGGAUUCGUUUGGAGAUAAUGUAGCGUUUCAUGCCAUCAUGGAUCGUGAUUUAGUAAAUCCUGGUAGAGGCUACGAGAUCGUGUUUGGGCGAGUCCUAACCAACACUGGAGGUUCGUUCAGUAGCACCACAGGAACAUUCACCUGUGGGACACCAGGGACAUACGUCUUCUUCUGGACGGUAACUAUAUCGUCCGAUCACUGGACGGACAUACAUCUCGUCCGUAACGGACAGGUGCUAGCCGUUAUUGUGGCCGGGAAUGCCUACCACUACGGGUCCUACACAGGAGCCGCCAUCAUACAUCUGGAUGUAGGCGAUGAGGUAUUUGUGAAGGUAGAUUUUCACCAGGAAAACACGACUAUUUACUCGACGGCGAGUAUGUUCUCUGGUUUCAAACUUUUUUAAUCUCCACCACAAUGUAAUGCCAUUCUAGCAUUGUAUCAAUAAAUGAAUGUUAAGUUACACAUUCGUUUAUCAUGAGUGAUUCAACAACGUUAUCUGCCAAAACAAACACAUACUUAUUGUUCACAACGCACAAACGAUGCCAUUCAAUCAUAAUCCACCAUCACCUAUACGAUGGGUAUACUGGGUGGUCGGGUGGUGCAGUGGAUAGCGCACUUGUCUUUCACC